AUGACUCUCCAGUUGACAACGUAUCUUUUUCGCUCACUGCCACGUGGCAUCAGCAUUUCUCCACCUAGUUUUCCCGAUUUUCAGACUCAAUCGUUGAAAUACAAUGAAGCGAUCAUCUUUGUUAUAUUUGCUAUCAAAAUAGCUUACCAACGUGAGUUUUGAAUUCAAUUUUCGAAUAUUUUUGAACAAUUUCGCCAAUUUCCGAAGCGAAUAAUAAUAAUAAUGAACAGAUGCUGAAAAGCGAGAAGAGAGAUCGUGGGGAGUGAUUUUAGUCAAAUUCAGAACUGUGAACCGUGUCUUUCAGACAAUGAUUCCGACGGGACCGUUCAAUCGCCCAGAAUUCGGACUAGAAGUCGGUUUCAGGAAGACGAAAGCCGCACGAGGUGAGUGGAAUCGCUGUCGGACUCUUUGCCACGUGGCAUCCAAUGUUUGUGUAUCGAUCUGUAAAACGAAAUUAGGUUUCCACUGUUUUCGCCUUUUCCUGAACACACUCGCCGCUAUUGUUCGUUCGUUUUCGUAGAGGUCCCAAACUGGUUGGAACUUACUUGUUAGUGUGACCGUCUGUUUAUAUCGGGAGACGAACGAGACAAUAACAAUGUGUUCAUCCUGCGUGCUGAGGGAGAAAGCGGGCACUGAUAGUAGGCAGAUACGGAAACAGGUUCGAAAUCGGAUCGACACGAAAAACGGUGUUUCCCUGCCGCACUUCUCUGAGCACUAUAAAGCGCACUUUUGUGUUGCCACUCUGACGCGUUUUCGGUGCGUUCACGCACAACUCUUCCAGUUCUAUUGUCGAUUUGCAGUCAAUUGUCUGACAGAAGUGUUCGUGGGGGGCGGCGGAGGAACAAUGAAAAUGGCGCGGAACCAACCGAAAAAGGGGGGUCCUUGUGAUGUAAAACUAUUCCAUUUUCACUCAGUUUGUCCAGUUGUCUAUCUCAAGAAUUGGAUUGUUGUUGGUUUUGGACGUCGCCAAAACAAACUUUAUUUUAAUCCUACAGUAUCCGGCCGUAGUCCUAAAGUACAGAACUUUAAUAGUAAUCCUUGAAUCUACGGGUAUCAUCACCCUGGUCCUGGUCGCAGAGCCUACAGUAAUCUUUAGCAUGUACCGUUUUUUUUGUCCCAGUUUUUGGUACGGUAUCCUAACUUCUAGUACCCUUUACUACCGUAAUCCUUUGCUUGCAUACGACCCAAAUCUACAGUAAUAGCAAAUUGUGAAAGCAGAAAUGGGUACAGUAAUCCUUCAUUCAACUUUAUAGGUUCAAAUCUACAGUCAAACUGCACGCUGGGAUACUGUAGAAUCAUCAGGAGCUACUGUAAUUCUACAGUAACCUAAACAGUAAUUUUGACUACCGUACUUACAACUACAGUAAUUCUUCAAUACCUCUCUGUAGGAUUACAGUAGCUCCCAGGAUUACUGUACUUCAUCUCUCUCUCUCUCUCUCUCUCUCUUUCACUCCCUCAUUUUCUGACGUAACAUUGGGCUAUUCAGUCCGGUUACGGUCCUCCUCCGUCGCUUUUCCGCGCGGAAACAGUGUCAGUAGUUCCACUUGUUCACUAUGCAAAAACAUCUGAGAGAGAGAGAGAGAGAGAGAGAGAGAGAGAGAGUAAUCAAACGGGUUUCGAUUAGACUGAACAUCUCCUUCUUCUUCUUCUUCUUCUUCUUCUCCCCCUCCCUCUUCUCCUCAUUCCUUGUCUAUAAUUAUGAGAAUUAGGUAGUCUACUCGAAAGGAUCUGGUGGUAGGGGUUACUGUAGCUGUAGUUGACGUUGCAAAAGGUACUGGUUACUGUAGUUUGUUGAAAGUCUAGUAGGAUACCUUAUACCUUACCCUAGACUAUUGUAGAAUGCCAAAAUUUGGCUCAGUAGGAGUACGGUAGUUGUUUUUGGCGUGGCAAGAGGUCUAGCAGGAUUACUGUACAUCUAGCUGAAUUUUUUCAAGGUACGGUAGUUGUAAAGGCCACUGUAGAUCCAACUUUUCACGUGCCAUGAAACCAGCCUCUAAUCCCAAGAAAUUCGAACCAAAAACGUUUAGAUCUACUUUGAAGCUCAACGUUAAGGUACUGCCCCGGAUUACUGUAGCCCGUUGACAAGUGCCCCCUCCCCAGUUGAUAUUGUCGUCUUCCCAAAACAUAAUCACAAUCAGGCUAAUCAGUGUCCCCGUUGAUUCGUUCGGAAUCCGCCGUCGGAAUCCUGUCAUUCUGGCGGCCCCCUCCUCCGAUAUUUCGGUUUUAUCGGAACAAGCGAGAACCGGAUAUCUCUGCCUUAUUCGACCGACCAACCGAAGAAGAAGAAGAAGAAGAAGAAGAAGAAGAAGGAAAAGGGGAGGAAAGCGGCGGCCGUCGGUUUCGGUUAUCGGCGUGACCGAUUCAGUUGAGACCCCCAUCCAGCUGCGUCCGAUUCUAGCCGGUCGGGUUCUCCGACGCAGAUUUGUGCGUUGACGCAAUCUCAAACGUCGAUGAGGAAGGUCAUGAUGCAGUUUUUAGCGUUAACCCAAGUUAUAAGAGCAAUUAUUUCUAUCUGCCCUUUCUCGAAGCGUUUCUAGAGUUCCGACGCAGAUUUAUUCGUCGAAAAGCUUGAAAAGUUCGCCGGUUUCUCGCCGUUAUCAUCGAAAUGUCUUAUCAGAACAGCCCUCUGCUAUCUUUCAUCUCUUUUUGUUUCCGGUUGUUGACCGGUCAGCAACCGGACUACAAAGUGUCCAGUUGCAAAGUGUCCAACAAGAUUAGACUCCUAGUACCUAAAAGUUCCUUCCGAUUAUUCAGUUUGCCCCAUCUUUUCAUUGUCCAAUUUAUUGCCUCUUUUCAAUUCUCUCUCUUUCUCUCUUUCUCUCUUUCUCUCUUGCUCUUUCUUCCCUAAAAUUGGUGCUCGUUCACAAGUUUCCGGAAAGCCGGCGGUCCGUCUCCGCCGCCCAAAUCCAAUCGUCUCCCCCUCCCUCCUUUCCCCUUUUCCUUCCAUUUCCUAUUUCCCCUCCCGCUUCUUCUUCUUCUUCUUCUUCUCCUUCUCCUUCUUCUCCUUCUUCUUCUUCUUUUCCGUUCUUCCCCUCCUUAUUUUGCUUUCGCUAAUCCCUCUCCCUUCUCGAGAACCUUCGUUCCGCGCGGAAUACUGACCGUCAACGCGGAAAAGGAAGAGGGAGGUACACUUUGCAACCAAGUAUCGCAACUUUUGGAUGCAAAGCGUCUUCACUUGAGUUUGGACGUUUCGCAACUGAAGACACUUUGCAUCAAGAUGACUUGUUCUCAAAGAUUGGACGUUUUGCCACUCAACUCAUCAUUAAAUCCAAGGCGAUUUGUUCGUCAUCGCUCGUUUUUUCUUUAGAUUCUCUAGCUGAACAAUAGUUGCAAAACGUCCAUCUUAUCAAAAGUAAAGUGGACAAGACGUUUUGCAACCAUCUCCUGUUUCCUUCGCAUCUCCCUUUUCUGCACUUUUGGACAGCGUUGUUUUCCUCUAAUCUUUCAUUUUUUACAAAGUUGCCUAGUUGCUUGGUUGCAAAACGUCCAGUUUUGAUUGCCAAGUGUUCUUCAGUUGCAAAGUGUCCAUGAGACGCUUCGCAACCAUCACUACGUCCGUUUUUUCUCCACUUUUCUUCCACUCGCCUUGCCUUUAUCUUUCCGGUUGAUUUCAGUCCUCCAGGUGGAAUAUUUCCAGUUGCAAAACGUCCAGUUGUGGUUUCCAAGUGUCCAUACACUCCUUCCGCCUCGAUUCCGUAUCCUAACGGCCUCAAGAUUCGUGCAAGAGCCCAUUUCUGCUCCAUCUUCCGGAAGUCUCCCUCCCCGUUAUUACUCUCUCUCUCUCUCUCUCUCUCUCUCUCUCUCUCUCUCUCUCUCUCUCUCUUCCUCUCUCUCUCCGGAAGCUUUUCCGCUUCCCUUCCGCGUCCAUUCCGCUCCGUCUGUUCGCCUAAUUUUCGUCUCACCCCCCACGACGACGGCGUCGCCCUUUUCCGGCAACAAGAAGAAGAAGAGAGAGAGAGAGAGAGAGAGAGAGAGAGAAGGGGUUGCCGGACCGGAAUCGGAAAAGUGGAAAGGGAAAGAGAGAGAGAGAGAGAGGGGAAGGCUACCAAGACGAAAUCUCCGUCCUAGUGCCCGUUUUCCGCCGUUUUGACUUCCGUCUCGACAAAUUUCUGCCCACUAUGCCAUAAAAAUGAAUUUUUUUUUGUUAGAAAAUUAUAAUGUCAAUCCACUUUCCAUUUUCUCCGUUUCCAUGGUUUCUCUUCUUUCUCAUUUUGCACUUGUCGGUUAGUCAUGAGCCUUUCAGUUUCAAAAUUGCAAAAAUUACAAUAAUCCUACCCGUCCUUACCUUACGAAAGACAAUUUUUGGGAAAAUUUCAUCAGCCAGAGUGCCUUCUGAGCCCAUAAAUAGCUCCUUCUCUUUGAUGUUCCACUUUUUCGCUUCCUGGCGGUCUUUGUCCGCAAUUUUCUAGUGCGACGGCUAAACAUUUGCAGAAAAACGCCAAUUUUGGAAGUUUACAAUAGCGGGAAACAUUUUAUGAAUAUUGGGAAACUGUGGACGGAUACUGCGCUUUGUGAAACGAGAUAUCUGUGUCAAAUUUGUUUUCUGAAACCUCGCCUCGGGGCCUAGUACUGUUUUUUUGUAGUUGAUCACUUUAUUUUUCUUUCUGGAGUACUGCAGUCUCUGGAAGUUGGGAAGCGUCCAGUGUCGGUUGCAAACUGUCCUGCUGGACAUUUUGCAACCAUCCCUAAGUUAGAAACGAUCCGAAAAAGUUGGAGCUCCUCCCGCUGUUCUGUAAAAAACCGGAAACCACUUACCUCCUCCUACCUAACCCCGUGGCCCUCCUUCAAUAAAAAUCGGAAAAGUUUUGCGUGGCGCCGAUCGGGUUGGCUCACAAACUUUCCACUCCCUCUCUCUCUCUCUCUCUCUCUCUCUCUCUCUUCUCUCUCUCUCUUUCUAUUGGCACUGUGUGUGAGCCGAUCGGAUUGCGCAAUAACCGGGGAGAGGGGAAGAGGCGAAAGUUUACUUUCCACUAAUUUUUGUGUUUGUCUAACCCCGUGUGCCAUUGGGGACCGUGCGCCCGCCGGUUUUCCGUUCUUCUCUCUCUGUUUGUAUUACUGUAACUACUCUCUCUCUCUCUCUCUCUCUCUCUCUCUCUCUCUCUCUCUCUUUAGCCACCGCUUACUUUACUGACAGUUCUUGAAAGAGAAAGAGAGAGAGAGAGUUGGUUGACUUUUUUUCGAUGACAGCCCCUUUGCCCCCAAAUUCCGGGCGGCGCCAAGAUCCCCCGGAGUUGGGUUUCAUUUCAUUUCGGUUUUUUUGUCGGUUUUCUCUACUUGCGACUCUUCCUACUUUUAGCCGUUUAGUACUGUUUGUUUUUCAGUAAGUAGACGUUUUGCAACCAAGACUUUUUGCAACUGGACAGGUUGCAAAGUGUCUGGCACCCAGAAUCUACAUAGUAAAACCUUGCAGGUCCUAGAGCUUCGAACGUUCAAUAGAAAAACUUGAAUAGCUCAGUGGCAAAGUGUCCUGGUUGCAGAAAGUCCAAAGCCCAGCAAACUAAAGAAAACGCUUAUGCCUUUAGAAUUUCAGCUAA